UAAGCAGUUCUCUUAUAAUAUCAAAAUAGUAUAUUGUGCUACAGGCACAGCUUGGCAUUUGUUUCUGUUUCUGGAUAAUAGAUGGAUAAUUGGGGGAUUGCCCAUUGUACCCAGAGAUAAACCACCUUCAAACUUAUCUCUAGCCCCCAGACUCCGUUUGCCGUCCAGUUUACCAUCACAUUAGCAUGUGUCCCCUUAUCAGAGCCAAACGAUAUAGCCUUUGCCAGGGCAUGAGCAAACAUACCGAAAUCAGGGCAAGCUCGCUGGAACAAUUCGAAAUUAGAGUAGCAGUCAGCAGAGCACACUUUGCACCCUCGCCAGCCGAAAGCUUAUCAGUUUAUCAGUGCCACCGGCGGGCACUUUUCAUUUUUCGGCUUUCGGCUUUCGUCACACGAACACUCUGCGCCGGGCGUGCCGGGAGACGGUCUAAAUUUUGUGAAAUUCUUUUGAAAAUUUCCGGUCACCGAUCCGAGACAAGAUUCGAUCAAAACAAUUGGACUUACUGUCUUUUUAUUCCUAUGUUUUAUUUAUUUUGAACAAAACAAACACAGCCGCUUGCAAGCCAACCGCUUAAAUGUCACAACACUCGAAGAAGGAGAGCAGCAGCAGCAGUAGCAGUAGUGGCCAUGCGAUCCAGAGCAACCGACAGCACAGCAUCAGCAACAGCAACAGCAAGAGCAAGGGCCACAAGCGGCAGGCGGCCAAUGGCAAUCUGAAGGCCCAGUCGAACUCCCACCACUCCCACAGCCAAACCUCCUCGAAAAAGUCGCUGAAUAGCAGCGGCGCAAGCAGUUCCAGCGGCAGCAGCAGCAGAAGCCUCAGCGGUAGCAGCAUGCAGGACACCAGCUCAUCCCUGCUGCCGGCGGCGACGGCGGCGGCGGCGGCGGCAACGUCUGGCAAGGCACAGAAGAAGAACCAAAAAGACAAACAGCGCGAGCGGGAGCGCGCGGAACGCAGCCAGCUGGUGCUCUGGCGACAUCCCCUGCAGACCACCAAGUACUGCGGCCUGGAGCUGGCCGCCCUCCUGCGGACGUGGAGCGCCAGACUGCUGCAGCAGCGUCUCCUGCUGGCCGCCCUGAUAGUAUUAGGCAUCGUAUUUAGCGUAAUUUACAAAAUAGACGGCCCCCAUCAGUUGGCCAUCGAGUUUGUGAGGAGGAACACCUGGUUCUUCGUCUACUGGCUGGGCCUGGGCGUCCUGUCCUCGGUGGGCCUGGGCACCGGACUGCACACGUUCCUGCUCUACCUGGGGCCGCACAUAGCCAGCGUCACGCUGGCCGCCUACGAGUGCAACUCGCUGCGAUUCCCACAGCCACCGUAUCCGGAUGACAUUAUCUGUCCCGAGGAGCCGUACGACAAGCGGGUGCCCAACAUCUGGUCCAUCAUGUCCAAGGUGCGAAUGGAGGCCUUCCUCUGGGGAGCGGGCACGGCGCUGGGCGAGCUGCCGCCGUACUUCAUGGCCAAGGCGGCGCGGCUCUCCGGCUACGAUCCCGAGGACGCCGAGGAGCUGGCCGAGUUCGAGGCGUUGAACGCGAAGCGCCACCAGAAGAACCUCAGCCUGAUGGACAAGGGCAAGCUGUUCAUGGAGCGCGUGGUGGAGCGCGUCGGAUUCUUUGGCAUCCUGGCCUGUGCAAGCAUUCCCAAUCCCUUGUUCGACCUGGCAGGCAUCACCUGCGGCCACUUCCUGGUGCCCUUCUGGACGUUCUUUGGCGCCACGCUGAUUGGCAAGGCGGUGAUCAAGAUGCACAUCCAGAAGAUCUUCGUGAUCAUCGCCUUCAACGAGACGCUGAUCGAGCGGGCGGUCGACCUGCUGGCCUCGCUGCCAGUGCUCGGCCACAAGCUGCAGGAGCCGUUCAAGUCCUUCCUGAAUAACCAGAAGCAGCGACUGCAUCGCCAGCAAAGAGGAGCGGCCGGCGCGGCAGCCGGAGCUGGAGAUUCGGGCAACCUGCUGUCCAGGAUCUUCGAGACGUUCGUCAUUGGCAUGGUGUGCUACUUCGUGGUGUCCAUUGUGAACUCCCUGGCCCAGAGCUACCACAAGAGGCUGCACAAAAAGCCGGCGACCGGAGGAGGAGCAGCGACCACGCCCACGCGACUGGCGGCGGCGCCGGCAAAAAAGUCGGGCAAGCAGAAAGCUUUAAGGGACUAGAAAAGAAACGCUAGAAUCGCUAGAAUCGCUGUUUUUCGUUGAUCGUUUUACCCCAAAACCCGAAAACCUCCUCUUUUGAUUAAAUUAUAUUGUUUACUGCGGCUAUCGCUCUUAGUCAAAUUAUGUAUUGUAUUGUGAGUGUGACCGCGAGAGAAAUAGAAGACGGCCACCAAGCCAGAGGAAUUUACCUUGUAGACUAGAUUAGGUAAAAAGAAAGUUAAAGUCAAAGUAAAGCGCGUAGUAGCCCACAACAAUAGCCAGAGCAGAAUAUAUUUUAGUAAUGUAUAAGAAAAAAGUGGCAAGCAAGAAAGCACCUUAGCAAUUUUCUGUGUGAGUCUCGUUUUGCUGUAACGAAAGUGAGGGAGACGCAGCUAGUCGCGCCUAAUGAAAAGCAAAUUGUGCAAAAGUUGUGCAAAAGACAAACAAGCCAGAGCAAACAGAGAGCCCAAAAUAAGUUGUAGCCGAGAGCGAUAGGAAGGUAUAAAAAAUGAUUUAAAAAGUGCUGAAAAAUAAAUGAAACAUGGAAACACUAAUUAAGGCAAAUUUAAAUGGGUUUUCAGUGGGUCACGUUGACUGUGCCCAAUGCGAAAAGUAAUUAAUCCAAACACUUAAGCCUGGCUUGACUACAAACUAAAUGCUGUAAAAUAAACAAUAUAUGGAUACUGAUUUAAAAGCCUACAAAUGUACGUAUCAGUUUGCAAGGAACUGAAUUGGUUUAGCCGGAAAGUCAGUCGAUUAUCGGAUUAGCGGAUAAGCAAGCUGUUCUUAAGAUUCCCGGCCAAACCUAAUAAACUAAAAAUAUUGUGGGUGGAAAAAAUGAAAUAACUAAGUGCAAAUUAAUAAAUUAAAUAUGAAUAUACAAA